CGCAAGUCUCUCACACUUCCCCGCCGUCGCCCCCAAAGGAGCAGCCGCUCCUCCUCGCGCCGCCGCCGCCGCCGCCGCCGCCGCCGCCGCGGCGUCCGCAGAGCUCCUCUCCUGCACAUCGCUCCCCCGAUGGAGCCCGGGCGCCGCCGCCGCUGCCCCGAGCCCUGAAGCGGGCCUCCUCGGCCGGAGAAACGUGCCGCUCGGCCCGAGGGCGCAUCAGGGGCACGCCACUGGGGGUGUAAGGCGCGGGUUUCGGGAAGGAGAAAGUGCUGCUCUCCAGGGUCACUUGGCCAGCGGCGGGGGGGGGACCAUGGCUUUGAAGGACACGGGCAGCGGCGGCGGCACCAUCCUGCCCAUUAGCGAGAUGGUCUCCUCGUCUAGCUCGCCCGGCGCGUCGGCAGCCGCCGCCCCGGGGCCCUGCGCGCCCUCGCCCUUCCCCGAGGUGGUGGAGCUGAACGUAGGGGGCCAGGUCUAUGUGACCAAGCACUCGACGCUGCUCAGCGUCCCGGAUAGCACUCUGGCCAGUAUGUUCUCGCCCUCUAGCCCCCGGGGCGGCGCCCGACGCCGGGGCGAGCUGCCCAGGGACAGCCGGGCGCGCUUCUUCAUCGACCGGGACGGCUUCCUCUUCAGAUACGUGCUGGAUUAUCUGCGGGACAAGCAGCUCGCGCUGCCGGAGCACUUCCCCGAGAAGGAGCGGCUCCUGCGCGAGGCCGAGUACUUCCAGCUCACCGACCUGGUCAAGCUGCUGUCGCCCAAGGUCAUCAAGCAGAACUCGCUCAACGACGAGGGCUGCCAGAGCGACCUGGAGGACAACGUCUCGCAGGGCAGCAGCGAGGCGCUGCUGCGCGGGGCGGCGGCCGCAGCGCCCUCGGGUCCCGGAGCGCACGGGGGUGGCGGCGCACCGGACAAGCGCUCCGGCUUCCUCACGCUCGGCUACCGAGGCUCCUACACCACGGUGCGUGACAACCAGGCGGACGCCAAGUUCCGGCGCGUGGCGCGCAUCAUGGUGUGCGGACGCAUCGCGCUGGCCAAGGAGGUGUUCGGAGACACGCUCAACGAGAGCCGCGACCCUGACCGGCCGCCCGAGAAGUACACGUCGCGCUUCUACCUCAAGUUCACCUACUUGGAGCAGGCGUUCGAUCGCCUGUCUGAGGCCGGCUUCCACAUGGUGGCGUGUAACUCCUCGGGCACCGCCGCCUUCGUCAACCAGUACCGCGAAGACAAGAUCUGGAGCAGCUACACGGAGUACAUCUUCUUCCGACCAUCUCAGAAAAUAGUGUCACCUAAACAAGAGCAUGAAGAUAGGAAACAUGACAAAGUCACAGAUAAAGGAAGUGAGAGUGGGACUUCCUGUAAUGAGCUCUCCACUUCCAGUUGUGACAGCCACUCAGAGGCAAGCACUCCCCAGGACAACCCACCCAGUGCCCAGCAGGCGACAGCUCACCAACCUAACACCUUAACAUUGGAUCGUCCUUCCAAAAAAGCACCUGUGCAAUGGAUGCCCCCACCAGACAAACGCAGAAACAGUGAACUCUUUCAGACACUCAUCAGCAAAUCCCGGGAAACCAAUCUUUCCAAAAAGAAAGUCUGUGAGAAGCUAAGUGUGGAAGAAGAAAUGAAAAAGUGUAUUCAGGAUUUUAAAAAAAUCCACAUUCCAGAUUACUUUCCAGAGCGCAAACGCCAGUGGCAGUCUGAACUGUUACAGAAGUAUGGGUUAUAGUAAUUAUCACAUUCCUGCAGUAUUUCAAUGACGUUCAGUGUUUACUACGGUGUCACCACCUGACCGUGUACUAACAAUGGUCAGUGUGAUUCUUGCUGCUCUUCCUUUUUGUGAACAGUGGAUGUGGGACAGUAUUUUCUUUCAUUCUUUUUGUUGUUGUUGUUGUUGUUAGAAAUACGAUUUUUAAAAAAGAAAACUCGUACGUGUUGAAUCAGAUGGUGUUCCUGAUUCAAACCGUUUUGCAAGAAUGAAAGCAAAAUGUGCAUGACCAAGAAGCUUAGAAUCUUGAUUUUUGAACUGUGGUCAUGUUUGUCAUUUUGUAACUCACCAAAAACAAAAUCAUCAUAUCACUCCAAGUAAAGUGACAAUAUGGAUGAAGCCACAUCAAGUAAAAUGUUAGAUCACGGUUUGGGGACCCAAAUCCAAAACUGUUUAAAUGUUAAUGCAAUAAAACAAGUAUUAUGUUUGCAUGAGCACAAUGUUACAAAUAAUUCACAAGACGUAGGGAAGAUUUGUUUGCUGCUUGGAAAGAAAAAAUUAUGAAAAAAUAGCAAAAAAAAAAAAAAAAAGAAAGGUUCAGGCAAAGCCUAUAAAUGUAAGCUGUCUAGGAGAUUGAAUCUUAUUUGUUCUGGAUCUGUGAUUUUUUUGUGUAUGUGUAUGGUGUUCUGUAUGUAUGUUAAGAUGAUGUAAAUAUGCCUUAUAAUCUUGUGUUAUGACACUGACAUUCAUCUAUUAAUGCUAGUCAUGGUUAUUUCUGUGAAAUGAGUCCUUACAUCAGGCUGUGAAAAUUGGUAUAAUGAUGCUCUGAAAGAUCUGACUAUAAUGUUAAUCAAAAUAAUUGAGGGAAAUGGUAAAGAGCUUUAUGUAUUUGUUUAAAAAAAGGAAAAUAUAUUAGAAUUCCUUGAUCUCUAUUGACUCUUCUUUUAAAAUAUUCAGUUGUUAUAUUGUCUUCAAUUUUCCUUUAAAAUCCCAAACUGGAGAAUGAUAUGUUCAACCUUAAUGUUGACAAGCUAGAGACUUGCUUCCAGGACAUGGAAGCAAACUAAAUGUCCAUCGACAGAUGAAUGGAUAAAGAA